UAAAGAGGAGCGAAGACUGACACGACUUGUCUCUCAUCGUCGUUCCUCGCGUUGUUGGUCCUCUCUUCUCUCUCUCUCUCUCUCUUUCUCAGGCUUGGAAUCGUCUUCUGAAUAUAAAACAGACCAACCGUCUUCUUUGAUCAGUGGCUACAAAGUUGUUGGAAUAAUUGGGAAAAAAAAAAUGAUCGAUGCACCAAAGUUCAUCGGAGGAAACAACCACAACCACAACAAUAACAAUUACUAUGAAGACUACCAAAAACUCGAAGGUUCCAACAUGUCAAUCGAUAGUUUACAGACAACUGUCGUCGGUGUUUCGGUAGCAACUUCGAGGGACAACAGCAGUGUUGGGUCCAAUGAUUCCAAAACCCACAUCUUAGGCCACCCUGGUCUGAAACCAGUGCGCCAACACUACACCGGUUCUACUGAAAACAGUGUUUACCGUCCAGGGAACCACCACGAGCUCAACGACGACGCUCUCCAGCAAGCUCUGAUGGACAGUAGAUAUCCUGUUGAAGGACUGGCGGAUUUCGACGAAUGGACUAUUGAUCUGAGGAAGCUUCACAUGGGCCCUGCUUUCGCUCAGGGGGCCUUUGGGAAGCUCUACAGAGGAACGUACAACGGCGAUGACGUGGCCAUCAAGAUACUCGAGAGGCCUGAGAAUGAUCCGGAGAAGGCGCAGCUGAUGGGGCAGCAGUUUCAGCAGGAGGUGAUGAUGCUCGCCACCCUGAAGCACGCCAACAUCGUCAGGUUUAUCGGUGCGUGCCGCAGAUCGAUGGUCUGGUGCAUUGUCACGGAAUACGCCAAGGGAGGCUCCUUGAGACAGUUCUUGACUAAGAGACGGAACCGUGCAGUGCCGUUGAAGCUGGCGGUUAAGCAGGCGUUGGAUGUGGCGACCGGGAUGGCAUAUGUGCAUGGACUUGGGUAUAUUCACAGAGACUUGAAAUCGGAUAAUCUUCUGAUCUCUGCGGAUAGAUCCAUCAAAAUUGCGGAUUUUGGUGUUGCUAGGAUCGAGGUCAAAACAGAAGGAAUGACUCCAGAGACUGGGACUUACCGUUGGAUGGCCCCGGAGAUGAUCCAGCACAGGCCUUACACGCAGAAGGUUGAUGUGUACAGCUUUGGGAUCGUGCUAUGGGAGCUGUUGACGGGUAUGGUACCGUUUCAGAACAUGACAGCUGUACAAGCAGCGUUUGCGGUUGUGAACAGAGGAGUGAGACCAUCGAUCCCUGACGAUUGCCUUCCUGUGCUGAGAAACAUCUUGACUCGCUGUUGGGACGCAGACCCUGAAGUGCGCCCUCCGUUCACCGAGAUUGUGAUGAUGCUCGAGCGAGCCGAGGCAGAGGUAAUGAACAAUGUUCGUAAAGCCAGGUUCAGGUGCUGUGCUCAACCCAUGACCAUUGAUUGAGUGAGAGACAAGACAGAAACAUAGGAAGAACAUUUGAAAAAGGAGAUGAGUAUUAAUGUAUAUGUAUGUUUUAUGUAUUUAUCUUCCUUUUUUGUGUAUCCUCACCCGAAUGUGUGUGUAAAGGGAGCCUCUUCCAAUUAUUGACCCCAAUAGUA